CGGAUAAACUAGUUUUUGUAUCUAGGUGAUAUAUAAUGAUUAAUAGAAGAUGAGAUAAUAGAGAAUUAAUUAUGACAGCAAGACGAUAGUUUCUCCGAAGUAAACACGACAGUUGUCCUCGGGUGAUGGCCGAGGUUGUUCCUGUGGUGUAUUGUCUAAAAUAAUUUUUGCCUCCUAGGGCCUUAAUUCCCCUUCAAAUGUGUGGUGAAGUGAUGUAAACGGCACCAGUGAGACACCAUGAAUUUUGGGAGACAGUUAAAGCGUGUGAAGCAGCAGGCGGACCAUCUGUUCCUGCGGAGUGACCGGACAGAUGUGGUGGGCGAGCUUAGGACGGCGGAGGAGCAGGUGGAGGAGCUGAGGCUGUUGUGUGAGGCGUACACCAGAUCACUAGAGAAAGGCCUCUAUACACACUCUACCUCGGACGAGAAGAAACUGAGGAAAGUGCCGGAGUAUCAGGCAGCUGAGGCGUUGAGGGAAGUACUCAACUGUCUCCCUCCUGUAGAGAACCCUGAACACCAGGAUCUGCUCAGGAGUGUUGUGGCAAGAGUAGUGGAGGUGCAGCAAGCGAUGGGCAUGGACGUGGUGGGCGAGGACAUGUUGGACAAGCAGGUGUUGGGCCCUCUCUCAAACCUAAUUAAGGAUGAGUUCCCCUCAAUCUCCAAGCAGAAGAAGCAACUCAAGCAGGUUGGUUUGGACUUGGAUGCAGCCAAGACACGGUGGCGCAACUCACAAGCCACUUCUGGCCCCAAUCCAAAAGUGGACACUUACCGGGAGGAGCUGGAGGAGGCCGAGUCCAAGCUGGACCAGGCAAGGGACACUUCGCUUGUGACAUAUUCAGUGUGUUGGCCGGGACGUGAGAUAACACAGUAUAUGUGCGGUUACUUGGAGCUUCAGCGGGAGUACAUGCAGAAGACCCUGUUGAAGCUGGACCGUGUGUUGCCAGACAUGAGACAUCAGUUGGAAGCCUCGUCUAGUAGCCCUGUCUACGGUGUUCCUCUCCGUGACCAUCUUAAGAUCGUCCAGCAGGAAAUAGCAGUUCCAUUGCAAGUGUGUGUACGGCGCCUGGUGGAAGUUGGCCUUUUUGAGGAGGGCCUCUUUCGUGUGGCUGGCAGCACAUCCAAGGUUCGCCGCCUCAAGGGAGCUUUUGAUGCUAAUUUAGUAACCACUGAGGCUUUGGCUCAAGCUGAUGAGCACGACCGGGAUUAUGACGUCCACGUUGUUGCCGGAGCACUCAAGUGUUACCUAGAGUUGCCAGAGCCUCUGUUGACCCAUGUACUUCAUGACCAGUGGCUAGAGGCGGUGCGACAGUCAGACCACCAAUACGUCUCACUCUCAGCACUUUGGCUUGUUGUGAACCAGCUUCCAUCUGCCAACUUGGCCAAUCUCAGAUACCUUGUCAAGUUCCUAGCCAAACUGGCAGCCAAUUCUAGUAGUAAUAAGAUGUCCCCUAGCAACAUUGCCAUAGUUAUAGCACCAAACCUGAUAUGGGCCAGAGAGAUGCUGAGGAGGGCAGACAUGUCCACCCUAGGUCGAAAUAUGAGCCUGAGUUAUCGUUCCAUUGUUGAUCAUAUUGUAGAAUAUAGUGAUUACUUCUUUAAGGAGGAUAUAGACUUUGGCGUAAUACCACGAGUGCCUCCCUCUCCUUCAAGACUCCAUGCCGAGCCCAAUGGUUCACUUCCUGCCCCUUCACAGCAUGGUCGACCAGGACCCCAAACCCAUCGGCGAAAUGCCAGUUCAGAUCUAUCCGGCCGUAUAGAUAAUAUUAUAGGUACGUCAUCAGUUGCUCCCCAUGUAGCAGACUCUUGUGAAAGCCCCAAGCAACCACAAAAACAAAAAAAAACAGGCACCCCCACCUCGGGGCUGCCUGCACCUGCUGCCAGACUUCACCAUAGCAAUAGCAUCAGGAGACCGACUGCAGAGCCUCCCAAGCCUCCUGGAACCCUGACCAAACCCAGACCUAGUCCUCCCACAGUUGAACAUCUAGAAAGGUCAACAACAGCACAACUUUCAGAUCAUAGGACAGAUGCUAAAGUGGCUCCUCUUGGGUUUGAACAGAUGCAUACAUCCAAGGAGACAGAUAUAAAUAGUGAUGAUAGUGAAGUUCUUUUGCGGAAAAAAGAUACAGGGGAAGGACCGGCUCCCAUAGGUUUUCUCAUAGAUGGUAAGGCGGCAGAAAGGGAGGAUGGGGAUUCUUCCCGAUCAUUCUUCAAAUCAUUAGAAAAUGUCUUACAGCACCAGUCUGCUGGGCAGCCAAUCGCUUUGCCACGCCACAGCUCGUCUACCUCUGUCACCAGUGAUGGAGACAAUGCAACGGCAAGUGUUGCACCACCACGUCUUGCCCCAGCCGUUGAAACAUCACGUCCAUUUAUACCUCUCCAGUUCAUUACUUAUGCUACUGCCCAGCGAUUACCAAGCUAA